UAGGAGUAAGGUGAGUGAUAGGGGUAGUGAUAGGGUUUGGGGUAGUGAUAGGAGUUAGGGUAGUGGUAGUAGUUGUGAUAGGCCUGGUUGUAGCUGGGAGGUGGGGACAGGGUGUAGCAGUAGCAUGGGCGAGGGAGAAGAUUUGAGUUUGAAUGGAGGAACGGAAGCAGGUUAGUCAAGCAUUACCCAUGUUAAAGCCAUCUUAUCUUGAGGCCAGAUGAGAUUGGGCACAUUAUAGUUUUCACGUUUAAAUUGCCAGGUUAUUUUGUUGAUUUCGAGGUGAGAACUCAAGAGACCAGGAUCGUGGCACUGCGCAAAUGACAAAACUAAGCUAUAGAAACGUUAACAUUUACGCGGAUAUCUGUGGAACUAUACAAUAUGUAAACAACCAAGGAUUAUGCGUCAAAUACAACAGUAAGUGUAGUUUUCAUUUUAGCAUAAAAUUGUGAUUGAAAUGGAUGCACCAAAGACGAGGUGAUUUGGUCAUAUGCCUUUGCAAAUGCUGCAUGUUUUCAGGAUUUAUUGUUUAAAAUGUUUUGUAUGGGUAUUGGUUGUUUUAAUCCAGUAAUAUUCCAUACGUACGGUGGGGGAUGGGGGUGGUUCAGUUGUUAACGCACUGCCUUUUGAACUUUUUGUUUGUUAUUGUGACGGCCUUUGUGAAAAUGUGGCCUCGAAAGCCUUGCGGGAUAAACGAGGAAGCUGCAAUGUGCCUUGAGACGUGAGCGGCAGGCGCCUUACAAAUAAAUGUAAAUUAUUAUUAAUGCAUACAUUUUGCAUGCAAUUAUAUGGACGCUUCUCAUUUGCACUCGUGCGUUUCUGUGUAAAUGUUUUUGUUGUUGCUUCUAGCCUUCAGCAGCAGCUCAGACUUCAACUAUACAGCCAACCACUCUACCUGUAACUACUCCUGCCUCAACUUCAAUCCCCGCAACUACACAGUCAACCACUCCACCGACAACUUCAAUUCCCGCAACUACACAGUCAACCACUCCACCUACAACUUCUUCCACCUCAACUUCAAUCCCCGCAACUACACAGUCAACCACUCCACCUACAACUUCUUCUACCUCAACUUCAAUCCCCGCAACUACACAGUCAACCACUCCACCUACAACUUCUUCCACCUCAACUUCAAUCCCUGCAACUACACAGUCAACCACUCCACCUACAACUUCUUCCACCUCAACUUCAAUCCCCGCAACUACACAGUCAACCACUCCACCUACAACUUCUUCCACCUCAACUUCAAUCCCCGCAUCUACACAGUCAACCACUCCACCUACAACUUCUUCCACCUCAACUUCAAUACCCACAACUACACAGUCAACCUCUGCGAAUGCUGCAACAAGCACAACAACAGCAUCAGGAAGUGCGGCAAUCACUCAGUCAACCUCUGCGAAUACUGCAACAACCACAACCGUUGCAUCCGGAAGUGCAGCAAGCACUCAGUCAACCUCUGCGAAUACUGCAACAACCACAACCGUUGCAUCCGGAAGUGCAGCAAGCACUCAGUCAACCUCUGCGAAUACUGCAACAACCACAACCGUUGCACCCAGAAGUGCAGCAAGCACUCAGUCAACCUCUGCGAAUUCUGCAACAACCACAACCGCUGCAUCAGGAAGUGCGGCAAGCACUCAGGCUACAUCCAGUGGAUCCGUCGCUUCGUCUGCAUCAGGGGCGACAGCAGGAGGGAACAGCAGCUCGGGAUCGACGGGGACAGCGGGGAGCACCACGACCUCUUCCGUGGCAACAACCAACGAUUCGAGUCGCACUGAGCCCAUGUCGUGCCUGGCCGUGAUGCUUCUGCUGCUGGCCCCUGUCGCUCUCACUUUGGUAUCACAGUGACCCAUCCCCGUGGCGUUCAGAGGACCUUCAUGUGGAGGAAGAGGUGGAGGAAGAGAAGGAAGGAUGUGAGUGAAAAUCCUCCAAAUCGACGAUAUUCUACAGCAGCGGCAACGGUCGGGGAUUCGAAUCUCGCAGAUGGAAUGCUGUCGUCGAAUCUCCAUGUCCUCCUUUAGUUCAAACUCUUAAUUUUAUGGUUUCAAAUGCGCAACAUGCGCAGGACAGGCAUCGCCAAUUUCAUCAUGGGAAAUAAAUAAAUCAUGACAUGGUAACAAACUAUGUGAACAGGGCGAGCAUGUUUGUUCUAACUUUUAUUAAAACAAUGCUACCUCGAGAGCGAUAAUAUUAACUUUAAAACCCCUUUUGAACUAUCGAUGAAAAUGAAUAAUUACAAAAUGAGGACGAAUUCCUCGUGCUUCUGUGGGGUUUCUGGACAAAGCCGCAACGAGGUAGCCGACACUUUAAUCGUUCGGCAUGAACUUACAUAUUCAUUAAUUUAUUAAAAUAGGUUAUUAUGAUGACGAUUCACGCAUCGCAUUGCGUGACAACCGAUGACAGUACUUUUGUCUCCCAUGUUUUAUGGAAUAGAUUCACUCAUCCCUGCAGCAGUCACUUGAAGUGAUGGUGCGUCCACCACAAUGUCAACAAGAUAUGAAUCGGUUGUUGGAUAGCAAUCGAUCUCAAAUUGUCCCCAAGUAAUUUAAUCAUGAGAGAGAGUGAGUAAAUCGGUCAAUGCCUAUUGCUCAGGUAAAGAGCCUCGUGUUAGGCACAAAUAUUGUAAUCAGUUCACGUGUAGACUAAAUUCAGCUCAUCUGUAGAUUGGAAUCAAGUGACAUGUAGACUGAAGAAUGUUGUCAAGGGAUUCUCCCUGUCCUUUUAUGGAUUUAAUAUUAUAUUAUAAACGACUCACGAUGGUUGGGGCGGUUGAGGGCACGAAUGUCAAUCAUAUUUUGGUGUCAGUAAAACACGAGUCCUGUAAAACAUUGGUCCUGCUUCAUUGUGUUGGCAAAAUUAUGUCGUUCACCAAAAUUUGGCAGCGCGAUCAAACCCAAAAUACACCAAUUUUGAAUCAUACUGUAACUCAUAUUGAUAGAAGAGGGGGCGGUGAGAGGACGCAGGGUUGCUCAUUCAAGAGUCUUUGUCUGAUCUUGACUGACGGAUCUCACGGCAAAUUUAAAGCUCCUUCUCAAUCAUUGGUGCAGGUCGCACAAUUGAGAGAAAAUACGGGAGGACCUGUACCUGGCAGUGGGAGUUUAGAGGCUGAAAACAACGACACGAGUGCCUGUAACCCAGCUUAAGGAAUGAAAAAUAAGAGCAUGUUUAGUUGGGCAAUUCCAAGUACAGACCUCUGACAGUCACUUUUAAAUUUCCCUUUUUUUUACACUUUUAAUUUGAGAACAUUUCAACCCACACCCGCUGUUGGUCGUCACCGUUAACAUGUUACACUCCGACGAGUUCCAGUGUGUUCGUGCAGAAGGCUCGUGUGGUGAACACACACACACGUUAUUGACUGGAACAUUUCAUUUGUUGAAAGGGGGAGUGUUUGAAAUUGGCUGGCAUAUUAUUAUUAUGUCUUUGUAAUGGGCCAUAGCAGUGGUGGUGCUGCAUGUAUUUUGGCUACAAAACUGUUUUUUUUUCCCUUUCUGGCUAAAUGUUAUAAUACUACAAAUUAUAUGUUUCAAUAACUAAUAGACACCUUGCACUAAUGCACUUUUUUCACUCCCCCCCCCCCCCCCAUGGAAAUUGCUAUGUCGUUUUAACCUAUCAUCCCUCCCUAUUUGUUACCAUAGGAAUGUGGAAUUUCCAACCACUAGCUCAGGGCUGUAAAUGGCAAAAGGUGCUGCCCAAUGGAUAAUGUGAGCAGGGAGAUCAUGUGACUUUGAACCGAUAAGUUCCCCACCGUUUAAUGCUAUCUUAUAAUGUGUGAAUAUUUAAGAAUCAUAGAGAGCGAGAGUGUGCGUCAUUUAAGUAAUAUGAUUUGCAAAAUGUAUUGCCUGCACCUGAGAAAUGCUAUUUAAUAUUUUCUCUGUGAUUUUGAAUACCAGUAUUUAUGAGAAAAAAAUAUUUAGAAAAUGUUUUGUAAUUGAAAAACCUCACAAUGUGAAGGUAUGAUUGAAAUCUGCAUGUAAUUUUUCUUGAUGUGUUUUAUUGAGAACGUUAUAACAUUGUCAUGAUAA